CAGUGCGUGGUAGGAAAAGCUUGCAGAGAUUGGGUCAAAGACAGUACUAGCAUAGUUGUGAACAAGUUUUUUGAGAUGAAGAUUGAAAACGAGGAAGAGGAGACAGAAUUUUUCUUGCGCUGGAAAACCUUGAUGGGUCUCAAUGUACUCGAGAACGAACCCGGCAUAGUUCGCAAGAAAUUGUCGAUCUUGCUGUACAAGGGAUGUCCAGAUGCGUUCAGAAGAGACACUUGGUUGAGCAUCUCAGGAAGCAAGAAGAAGUUUGUUAAGAAUCAGUCGCGAGUGCUUGCCGAAUGGUGCAGCCUUCAAGAUCGAGCAAAUGAGGGCACAAGUCACCGACAGAUUGCAAAACCGCCGCUGUUUGGCGGCAAUCUUGAUUUCUCUCAUCAUUGUCUCAAUGAAAGUGGAAAGUCUUGCUGCCAUUACCUAUUGGCAGCGAUCGACAUGUCAAGACCAGAUUUGCACCAUUUUUCACCUCAAAUACCUAAUUUGGUCUCUCUUGCAUUGCUCUACAUGUCUUCUGAAGAAGUCUGUAUUUUUGUUGAUUGCUUAACGUCAUGCACGGAUGUACCAAAAGGCCAGGGAAACGUUUUAGACAAAGUCCUGCUAGACAAUUUGCAAUCUAUGUCUUUUGUGAUGCGAGCUGUUGACCUCAAGCUCAAAGCUUGUGACCCAGAAGUUUGGACGAAGCUGCAGGAUCUCGGCUUGUCGAAACUCAAGUUUUGUGAAGAAUGGAUCAAAGAUCUGUUUGUGAGCCAUUGCCAUCUCCAUGUCGUUU